AAUGCACGAGAUUUUUUAUCCUUGGAUCAAGAUCGUACAUGCACGGCCAGCAUUGGAACCAUGGAGAGUGGUACGUACUAGGAGUGACUGAUUCGAUCAAAUUUUGUUGUGAACGCCAUCCUCCGCACCUACCCCUCCACGAACCCACCGAAACCGAUCGUACAGACCGGCCGAUUCAGGCGCCGCGAUGCUGCAGCGGCGCGCGCGGGCGGUGGCCGUGGUGGGCGCGGGCGCGGCGGGGCUGGUGGCCGGGCGCGAGCUGCUCCUCGAGGGCCACGCCGUCGCGGUCUUCGAGCGCUCGGCCCGCCUGGGCGGCACCUGGGCCUACGACGACGAACCGCCGGCCAGAGCGCGCAGCAGCAGCAUGUACGCGUCGCUGCGCACCAACCUGCCGCGCGAGCUCAUGGGCUUCUCCGGCCACGACCUCGCGGACGGGGUCUUCGCCGGCGACCCGCGCGUGUUCCCGGGCCACCGGGAGGUGCUCGCCUUCCUGCGCGCCUUCGCCGAUGAAUCCGGCGUCGCGUCGCGCGUUAGGCUCCGCGCCGAGGUGCUGCGCGUGGCGCCCGUCGGCGGCGGGGAAGAAGAAGUGGAAGAGGAAAAGAGGUGGAGCGUGGCGUGGCGCGACUUGGAAAAAGGCGAGGUGGCCGUGGAGGUGUUCGACGCCGUCGUCGUGUGCACUGGGCACUGCUCCGUGCCCCUUGUGCCCAAGCUCCCUGGAAUUGAAAAUUGGCAAGGGAAGCAGAUGCACAGCCACAGAUACCGCAUCCCAGAGCCAUUUCGAGAUGAGGUCGUUGUUGUUGUAGGAUUAGGCGCCAGCGGAGUGGACAUUGCUAGGGAGAUCUCGCAUGUGGCAAAGGAAGUGCACAUCGCAUCGAGGCAUGACGAGCACAGGCUGGGGAAGAUCGAUAUCUACCGAAAUGUUUGGAUGCACACAGAGGUGAAUUGCAUCCAAGAUGACGGCCAAGUGCGGUUCGGUGAAGGCACAACGAUGGCAGCCGACAUCAUCCUCUACUGCACAGGCUACCGCUACCAUUUCCCGUUCCUGGACCACCUGGAGGAACUCACCGUCGACGAGGACGACAACUACGUCAGCCCUCUGUACAAGCACGUCUUCCCUCCGAAAUACGCGCCCGGCCUCUCCUUCGUCGGGCUGCCGUCAAAGACCAUCAUCUUCCAGACGCUGGAGCUGGUGUCGAGGUGGGUGGCGCGGGCGCUGUCGGGUAGCGUGGCCCUGCCGGACGACGAGGGCAUGCUGGCCGCGGUGCGGGAGGACUGCCGGCGCAUGGAGGAGAGCGGGAAGCCCCGCCGCCACACGCACGUCCUCGUCCCUGAUUGGGUGGAGUACAUGGACUGGCUGGCGGAGCAGGUCGGCGAGCCACAGCUGGAGGCGCGGCGGCGCGAGUUGUAUGAGCGGGCUCUCCGAUGUAUCUGGUCUCUGGACGACGCGUACAGGGAUAGGUGGGAAGAAGGGGGAAGUGGCGGCGGUGCAUUGUAAGAGAAGGAUUAUUAAUUGUGUUGUAUAAUCUCCUUGGAAAUUAUCUGAUCGAGAAGAACCAGAGAUGAACAGCAUAUAUUAUUCGCAGACGGAAGCUGUUGUUUGUGCUUAUGAAUUUCUUUCGGAA